UUAAAAAAGAGGGGGUGGUGUUUCAACCCAGUAUAAAAGGGGGCUCCGUCCAUUUGUUCCCAUUCAGAAGCAUUGAUCGUAAAACAAAUAGCGGUUUCCAACCCCGGAUCCCCUUUUGGAUUCGCAACAGAACUUGUAGUAAGAACGUUUAUUAUGAAGUCCAAAUGGCCUCAGACAAACAUAUACCAUGUGGACCGUGUACGUUUGAUGAUUUUACGAUUGACGCAGGAAGUUGGUGCACUAAUUGUGAAGAAGGGUUAUGUGAAGAUUGUGAAAACGUUCACAGAAAAAUAAAAUUAUUACGAAACCAUAAGGUCAUUUCAAUAGAUGAUUAUCGUAAGAUUGAAAAUGGUUCCAUUUCCUUGAUUUGUGAAAAUCAUGGUGAAAACUUAGAGUGGUUCUGUCAAAAUCACGAUAAAGCACUUUGUAUGGUUUGUGUCAAGUCAAAUCACAAGUCAUGCUCUGGUGUUAUAUCAAUAAGUGCUGCCUCAAAAAAUGCAAGACUAUUAACGACUUUAUCUGACCUUGAAGCGGAAAUUCAAGGAACACUUCUUAAUGUGCAAGAAUUCACCAAAAAUCGUGAAUCCGCUAAGAAUGAAAUUGAAAAACAAGAAUUGAUGGUUAAAAACAUUGUUUUUGAAACGAGAACACAAAUAAAUAGCUGCCUGGACAAGCUACAGGAAAAACUAUUGCUCAAAUUAGGAUCUAUAUCUGAAAAUUGUAAAUCGAAAAACAAGGAAUUCCUUCAAAAGCUAGAAACAAAGACACAAAUGCUAACCAAACUAAAGGAACAGACCCUUCACUUGAAACAAUUGUCUUCUGAUAUACAAGUGUUUCUCGGAACGCGCCAGGUCAAUAAACGGAUUGUUAGCGAGAUCAAAUCUCUGAAGACUGAAAUAGGUGCUACUAAGGAUUAUGAAUUAAAAGUUGAUAUUCAUAGUUUAAUUGAAAAUUUCUCAAAAAAAGUUGAGGACUUUGGGCAAAUAAAGGUAUUGGAAAGUUGUACCGAGUUAGAAUUCAGACACUACAAAAUUGAUCAAACUAAAAUUGAGACCAAAGUUCCAACAUCAGGAAUCCUUUCCGACAUGAAACUUCAGUUAAUUAAAACAUUUCAAAUGAAGAGGGAAAACGAUUAUAUAAUAGAUGUUAGAGGUUGUGUCAUAUUACCGAAUGGUAAUUUGUUGAUGACGAAUUACUCGAAACAAAAUCAGCUCGUAGAGUAUAAAUAUACCGGUGAACACAUGCGUGAUAUUCAAGUCUCGGCGUUGCCAUUUUUCAUUGCAGUUAUAGACCCUAAUCGUAUUGCUGUAACGUACGGGGACACCGCGAAAUUCAUGGAAAUAAGAAAUACUCAUUCUUUUCGCGCCGAAAAAGAAAUUCGAUUACCAAGUAAUGGUUAUGGAGUAUCACAUGAGGAUGGUAGACUUUAUGUAAAAAGUGGAACCUCUACAAUACAAGUCAUGGAUCUAUCCGGAAAACAACUGGAAACAUUGAAACUAUCAUCUGAUAGUGUACUUAACAUUACAACUAGCAGAGACAAGAUAUUCUACACAGAUUACAAGAAGAACAUAGUACAUUGUUGUCGUUUGAAUGGAGAAGAGUUAUGGCAGGUUAAAAGGGAAUCCGUUUCACAUCCGUAUGGUGUAACAGUAGACAAUGACCGUAACGUUUAUGUUGUAGGUCUUGUAUCCAAUAACUUAACAAUUAUACAACAAGAUGGGAAAGACAGUAAGACACUACUGACAGAAUCAGAUGGACUAUUUUAUCCACAGGCUGUGGACUUUGAUAUGGAUAAAAGAACACUUCUCAUAUGUAAUAAAGGAGGGAAAGUUUCAAUGUACAAAGUCGUGUAACACUUUUACAUCAUAUUACAUGAGAACAUUCCGUACGACUUCGUAUGUUUACCGAUAAGAAAACAAAAGAAAUGAACUGUGUCCUAAAAACAAUGAUCAGUUUCGUUUUUUACAUAGGAUCACAUGGUAAUGCAGGUUUCAUUAAUAUAGUUCUUGUUCAAAUUUGGAUGAUUGUAAAUAUUUUGUAACUCGUCUUUUUUAAUAGAAUAUCAUUGUAAAAGAUUAGAAUAUACAAUUUUUUUUUAAUUUUGUUACCGGAGCAGAAUGUAGAUUGGAUGUCAUUCUUCAUCUUGGAUUUAGAAAUAGCAGAUAACAAUCAGUCUCGAUCUUAAAUGAAAUAUGCUAAUCUUGAGAAUAGUAUGUAGUUCAUGUGUGAGUGUUUUCCUGUAAAUUUUUAACUUUUAUGUAUUUUUUAUCAUAUGUACGGCUGUAUUCUACAAAAAGAUAAAAGAAUACUUUGUUUGAUUCUUUUUUAUUCAACUUUGACACAUAAGGAUAACUCAGUUGUAAGUGAAGAUAACACACUCAGAUAAAGUAACUUUUAAAAUAUAAUGUGUAGUAAAUUUACUUGUUUUAAUAUAUAGCAAUAACACAAGUCCGUUGACCCCAUUGUUUGUUUUAUUUAUCUGAAAUUAUAACAUUUGAGCUAUUUUUCUCAUAU